GUAUGUAGCUACAAGUUUAAUAUGUAGCUAAAUAAAAACACAUUGAAUUGAUAAACGAUAAAUGAUGCUUACUCCAUAAAUAGUUUUGCAAUGCAUUUUGUUGUGCCGCAUUUAGUCGGAGAGUCUUGUCAGGAUUGGACACCAAGUGCAUUAUUCAACGUUCAGUUUUAAAUAAAAGUACUACAAUUAAAUGUGGGGAACAUUUACUUGGGAAAUUUUGGGUGGUUGUAUUGGUCUCGGCGUGGCAUUUUUGUCAAUUUAUAUACUGCACGAGUUCUACAAAAAUGAGCAGGAGAAGAACAAGUUUACCGAGCUGAGGAAGAGGAAACAAACAGAGCGUAAAAUUCAGUUUCAUGAUUUCAGAAACCAAUAUAGUGGGAAAGAAGAUGAUAAAAUUCUACAGCUCUCCUUUUCUGAGCUUCGACACAAACUGGAAACUCGACAGGUCACCUCCGAAUACGUCUUGAAAUCGUUUAUUGCAAAAUCUUUACAAGUUCAAGAUGAGUUGAAUUGUAUCACUGAAUUUGUGCCAGCUGCAAUGGAGAAGGCUAAAGAAUUGGACAAAUUAGAAAACAUUAAGGGCCCCCUGCACGGAAUUCCAUUUUGUGUGAAAGAUGAUACUGCAGUGAUUGGAAUGGACUCGUCCUGUGGACUUUCCAGACUACUUUUUAAACCUGCCAAAGAAUCUGCAGUAUUGGUUCAGAUUAUAGAAAAUCUGGGCGCCAUCGCUUUCUGUCGAACUAAUCUGCCACAAUCAUGCCUGUCGAUUGGUUCAGAUAACCCGAUAUUCGGACAGACCUUGAACCCAUUGAACAAGAGGUUAGGUCCUGGAGGGUCAAGCAGUGGCACUGCUGCACUCGUGGGCGCUGGAGGAUGUCACUUUGGGAUUGGAACAGACAGUGGGGGAUCUUUAAGGAUCCCAGCGCAUUGUUGUGGUCUUUCAACGAUGAGGGCAACUUUUAACCGGAUUAGUGACUCGGGAUGUUUGCAUUGUUCACCUAAUUUGACGACCGUUCCCGGUAUUUUGACAAAGCGAUCAGAAGAUCUCGGAUACAUUUAUCAACUAGUUUUCAACUAUCAUAACGAAUUCCCUUUGGACCCCCGAGUUCCAAAAAUUCCGUGGGAUUUAGAAAAAUUCUCAACAAGGAAGCCACUACGAAUUGGAUACUUUACCCAAUUCACAAAACUGUCUCCCGUUGGUGACAUCCCGUUGGUCAUUAUGGAAGCAAAGUCUCAUUUAGAAAAACUUGGUCAUACGCUAACCCCAUUUGAAAUGCCUGAUCACAGUAGACUCUGGUUUAGCAUGAUGACAGAUGACACGAUGGCAAAAUCUUUCCUUAAAAAUACUAAAAACGAUGCAAUUAGUGAAUGUGUAAGCGAGCUCAGGAAAACGUUGCUUUUCUUACCACUCUAUCGUCGAGUAUUUCGUACGAUUGUGUAUGUCUGCCGAAAAUUGGACAUCAAAUCUGAAUUUGGUCAAGAAAUCGCAGAAUUUCCAGAAUUGGAAAAAGAAGCAUUCACAAAAGAACUGUUGGAAAAGAUGGAAAAUUUAGAUUUGUUGCUCUGCCCAGUUUUCCCAUUUUGUGCUAUAUCUGCGCAUGCAAUGGCACCAGUGUCAAUGAAGUUGCAAUAUGCAAUGCUAUACUCGUACAUAUGGAAUUUAGUAAAUUUUUGUGCAGGAGUUACAAAAUUUGGAAAAGAAUCUGGUCAGCAUUGGCCAACAACUGAUUCAAUCUUGACUCAGUACAAGCAAGAAUCAAUUGGGUGCAAUAUUGGAGUUCAGAUUGUGGGAAAGCCUUACGAUGAAGAACGAGUGCUGCGAGUGUUGAAGGAAUUAGACCAGACAACGCGUAUGGAGUGAAUCGGAUCAUCGGCAGUUAAACCUUCAGUAUUUCGUAACGAAAUUUUCGUUGAAAGUAGAAAAAAAUGUUAGAAAAAGAUCUAUAGUUUUAUGACUAAAGUAAGUCUUCCCAGAUUAGAUUUCUAGAAACAGUCCUAAUUAAUUACUUACUCCAGUUGUGCAACAAUUUUAUUCCCAUGAGAUAAUCAUCUGCUUAGGAGGAAUACGUACGACCUUUGCAAUGCCAGAUCUUGAUGCCCUUGGAUAUGUUGCUGGUCUAUACGAGUGUAGAAAAAGUGAAGACGGAUUAGGGUCCAUGAGCCCCAGUGCGCCCGCCACACCCCUUUGAAGGCGUGCCCGAUGCUAAACUAGCCAUACGAAAAAAUUCACCAAAAAUCCAAUUUUGCUCGGAUCUUCAUAAUUUUUGCAUAUUCUUCAUCCCAGAUAGUUGCUUUAUCAUAACCAUGGACCAUCCUCCUUCACUUUUUCUACACUCACUCGUAUAGACCUGCAACAGAGCGUCAAGAUCUGGCAUUGCAAAGGUCAUACGUAUUCCUCCUUACUAUUUUCCCAACCCACCGACAUUGGUUAUCAGAUUUCCUCCUACUCCCCAACCCAACAACUACCAAUUUUGUACACAUAAAAUAAUCAUAAUAUGAUUUUAUUAUUAGUGUAUGUACAUAUUUAGAUCUGAUGUGGAACUAACUUUUUAGUUUUCACUGGUCAACUACGUAGUGGACUGAUGAGAAUGAGUAUCCUUAACAGAUUGACUCCUAAUCUACAAUUUUUAGCAACGUAUAAAGUCUCAGGCAAGACAAAUUUCACGUGAGGUAUUGCAAUUUAUAUGUAUGUAUGUAGGGACCUAUAGUAUUACUCCUCUAAUUCUGCGGUAGGGACAGACGGAAAUAUUUUCAUAAGCCAUAUUGCUUCGGCUAAAAAUCGACAAUGAUUCAGCUUGUUUGAGUUAAUAUCCAUUUUGUUGCACUCGUCAACCAACAAAAUAAUGUUGGGUAAUACAUAAAUGUCCUUUUGCCCAGUGCGGAGAUAUUCAUGUGAAGGAUAUAAAUAAAUAAGUAUAGUUGACAUUGA